GAAUUUCAAUUAUCGUCCAUGCAUAAGACCAACGGAUUGGAGAGAUUACAUCUUCAGUCACAGUUUAUUAACAUUGGUCUUGAAUGCUUUAAUCCGUAGCGAGAGAAAGGCUUUCUUUGGGCCCACCUUUAGUCCCCUUCUUUUCCAAAAGGCGCCCCGAUACAAUCACUUGCACUAUAAAAGAUAGUGGUCAGGAAGUGAUCUGCUAGUUUACAUACCUCAAUAUUGUUUGAAUAUUUUUCAACGCAGAACCAUGUUUAGGUUUGUGGUGCUCAGUGCCAUAGUGUCUCUUGGAUCUUGCCGACCGGGAAUUGUAUCUACUUCUUUCGGGCAUGAUGGGGAAGGUGGAGGCGACCAUGGUCUCAGUCUUGCCAGCAUUUCCUUAAGCGGAGCCAGUCACGGCCUAGGUGAUAGUAGCUUUGGAAGCGGAGGUCAAACACUAGACUUGGGAGGAGGAGACCAUGGAUGGGCAAGCGGAGGCAGCGGAGGAUACGAAAGCGGCGGAUCCUCCGGCGGCGGAGACUUUCACCAUGGUGUGAGCAUUGUAGGAGGCGGCGGAGGCCAAAAAGGACAGACCAUCGAUUUGACCAAUCAAGGUGAUAGUCAUCAUGGUCCGUUUGGAGGCAGCUUUGUUGCAUCCGGCAAAUAUUCAGCUGGCGGACAUGGAGGUGGUUCUGAUGGAGGACAUGGAGGAUAUGGAGUACAUGAAGGUGGCGGUGGAUUUGAAGGCCAUUAUAGUGAUGUCCUAGGAGCCAGUGAAGGCGACUCAUCAGGCGGAUGGGAGCAGCUCUCUUCUGGAUCUAUUGGUCACGAUUCGCAUUAAAUGAUAUUCUGUUGUUGACUAGUCCGUAAUAUUUGAACACAGUGUUUUGUAAAAACCGUCUGACUGCCUUUGUAAAUAGUUUAUUGUUGAUUGUUUGUUAUAACUUGUUGACUAUUUUUAUACGAAAAUAAAAAUGAAACCAUA